AUGUCUUCUUCAAUUCAAUUGUUGAACCCCAAAGCAGAGUCGUUUAGACGUGCACAAGCGCUUCAAGUCAAUAUCAGUGCUGCACAAGGGUUGCAACAAGUCCUAGCAUCAAACUUGGGUCCCAAGGGUACAUUGAAAUUGCUCGUUGAUGGAUCGGGCGGGUUGAAAUUGACCAAAGAUGGGAAAGUUUUACUUACAGAAAUGCAGAUCCAGCACCCCACUGCAGUGAUGAUUGCUAGAGCAGCAACAGCUCAGGAUGAAAUUACCGGAGACGGUACCACCACCGUAGUUUUACUUGUUGGUGAGUUAUUGAAACAAGCAGAGAGAUUUAUCAGUGAAGGUGUUCACCCUAGGGUCAUUGUUGAUGGAUUUGAUGUUGCUAGAGAGCAGAGUCUUAAAUUCUUGGAUGGAUUCAAACAUACAUUGGAACAGUUUGAUAGAGAGUUUCUUUUGCAGAUUGCUAGAACUUCCUUGGUGACCAAAGUCACGCCGGAUCUUGCCGAUGUGUUGACACCCAUUGUGACAGAUGCGGUGUUGACAGUGCAGAAUGAUGAGCUGGCACUUGAUUUGCACAUGAUUGAAAUCAUGACCAUGCAGCAUGGAAGUGCACGCGAGACUGAGUUGAUCAAAGGUUUGGUAUUGGACCACGGUGCUCGUCACCCUGAUAUGCCCAAGAAGGUGAAGAAUGCACAUAUAUUGAUAUUGAAUGUCUCAUUGGAGUAUGAGAAAACCGAGGUGAACUCUGGCUUUUUUUACUCGUCUGCUGAACAGAGGGAAAAGCUUGUUGCUUCAGAGAGAAAGUUUGUUGAUGAAAAGUUGAAAAAGAUUGUUGACUUGAAGAAUCAAGUGUGUGCCGAUGUCAAUUCAGACCAAGGCUUUGUUAUCAUCAACCAAAAGGGUAUUGACCCCAUGUCAUUGGAUGUGUUGGCCAAGAAUGGAAUCUUGGCGCUUAGAAGAGCCAAGCGAAGAAACAUGGAGAGGUUGCAAUUAAUUUGUGGAGGUGAGGCACAGAACUCGGUUGAAGACUUGACGCCAGAUAUUUUAGGAUAUUCUGGUCUUGUUUACGAAAAUAGUAUUGGAGAAGACAAAUUCACAUAUGUGACCGAGUGCAAAGAUGCCAAAUCAGCUACUAUAUUGAUUAAAGGUUCUAACCAGCACGUGUUGCUGCAAACCAAGGAUGCAAUUAGAGAUGGAUUGCGUUCGGUUGCAAAUGUUAUCAAAGAUAAGAGUGUUGUUCCAGGUGCAGGUGCUUUCUGGAUGAGCUGUAAUAACCAUUUACUUAGCGAUAAGCAAAUUUUGAAAGGUAAGAACAAGCCAGGUAUCCGUGCGUUUGCCGAGGCAUUGCUUGUUGUACCUAAAACGUUAUCUGCAAAUGCGGGAUUAGAUCAAUUGGAGACAAUAUCUACUUGCCAAGACGAUAUCAACGAUGGGCAUGUUGUUGGAGUUGAUUUAAUAAGCGGAGAGCCAUUGGAUCCUACUGUUGAGGGUAUCUGGGAUUCGUAUAGGGUGAUUAGAAACGCUAUUAGCUCGGCAACUGGUAUUGCCUCGAAUUUGCUCUUGUGUGAUGAAUUGUUGAAAGCUGGCAGAUCUUCAUUGAAAGAGGGUGGCCCUGGUGGACCGGGAGGGCCAGGUGGAGCACCAGGUGGAAUGCCUGCCGGAAUGCCACCACAAGGUAUGAUGUAA